AUGUUGGGAAUAGCUCUGCUGCUGUGUGCAAGCAGUGCUUGGGCAGAAGGCGUGUACGAGCACGGCAGGCUGAACUUGCCCUUCGUGGGGCACACGACCUUUGGGAAGUACCCGCCCGCUGACUUGUCCAAGCUGACGGCUGGCACCGACUUUGCGGUGCUGGGGGUGCCCAACGACAUGGGCACCCAGUACCGCUCCGGAGCGCGGAUGGGCCCGCGAGGAAUCCGCGAGGCCUCCACGCUGUAUCAAUUUGGCCACUCAGAGGUCUAUGACGCAGACACCGAGGAAACCUACAGCUAUGGCACCGUUGUGGAUGUGGGCGACGUAGACGUGGUCCACACGGACCAAGCCGCCUCGCUGAAUCGAACCCGAGCCGCAGUGGAGGAGAUCUUGCGCCAGAACGUGGCGCCUGUGAUUUUGGGCGGCGACCACGCCAUUACCGCCGCAAUAUGCCAAGCGCUGCAAGUGCUCGGGCAACCUGUGGUCUUGGUGCAGAUCGAUGCCCACCUGGACUUCGUGGAUGAACGUCACGGGGUGCGCUACGGCCAUGGCAAUGCCAUGAGACGUUGCCUGGAAUUGCCGCAGGUGGGGUCCAUGCUGCAGCUGGGCAUCCGCUCGGUGUCCUCCACCGCCAAGGUGGGCUUUGAGGAGGCGCGCGCCAUGGGCUCCAGCAUUUUGAGCGUGCGGCAGGUGAGGCAGAUGGGGAUUCAGCAGGUGGCGGAGCUGGUGCCGCGCGGCAGCGCGGUGUACUUCAGCAUCGACAUCGACGGCCUGGACCCCUCCAUCGCGCCGGGCACGGGCACGCCCAGCCACGGAGGCUUCCUCUACUACGAGGUCAAGGACUUGCUGCGUGCAAUCACCCAGCGCGCGCGGAUCGUGGGUCUUGACCUGGUGGAGGUGUCCCCGCCCUAUGAUCCCGCGCAGGUCACUGCGAUGUUGGCGGCGAGGUUGGUGCUGGACACCAUGGGCUUCAUUCGGAAGCAGACGGCCAGAGCUGAGCCCUGGUUGGAUCGCUUCGAGCCAACGGCGGCUUUGAUCAUUCAGAACAAGGAUGACUUGGCCAUUCCGCUGCUGCUGGAGACCGUUCCAACCCCAAAGGAGUUCAUUGACUCGAUUCAGUCGCUGAGCCCCGAGCAGCAACGCUUUGCCAAAGCCUGGCGCAAGAUGCAACUCUCAAGCUCCCUCUUCGCAGUGUGCGUGGUGCAGAUCAAGCCGCUGCUGGACUGGGUGCUGAACCUUCCGGAGUUCUCUCUCACCAAGGAGAUACAGCUGACACAAGAUCUCAUCGAGCUCUUUGUGAAGUACCAGGUGCCGCCGGACCUUAUGUCCUACGACGGAGGAGGAGCACGGAACAAGGCGGGCGAGGUCUUAGCUGGCGAGAAGCUGGACCAGGUGAAAUCCCAUGUGGCGAAGCUUUGGGACACCAUCUCACAGAGUCGGAAGAAGCAGCUGCAAGAGAAGCAGGAGAGGAAGCAAAGAUGCGCAACAUGCAGAGCUGCGGGGCUGAGGAGUGCCCCAGAAGCGACGCGGAUCGAGGCGAGUGGCCCAUGUUCUCCUACUCGAUGGAGGCGGCAGAGAUGA